GUCUGUGCGCGCACCCCGCCGACCCUCUCCUCGAGCUCCGGGCCCCCAGCGCGCGUGCGCGACCGGGGUCUUCCCGCACCUGCUCGCGCGAGACCCCAACGGCCGGGCCGGCGUCCGACGCCUCCCGCGAGCGCAGCCGGGUCAUGGCGCCGCUGUGUGGGCCGCGGCGGGGCCGCGCGCUGCUCGCCCUGCUGGCCUCGCUGCUCCUCUCCGGGGCCGAGGCGGCCGACGGAAACCGAGCCAUCCACGACUCUUGCCUGGUCUCCAAGGCGGUGGGGCGGUGCCGGGCCUCCAUCCCCAGGUGGUGGUACAAUGUCACUGAUGGGUCCUGCCACCCAUUUGUGUAUGGAGGCUGCGAGGGCAAUGACAAUAAUUUCCUGAGCAAGGAGGAAUGUCUUGAGAAAUGUGCUGGCGUCACAGAAAAUGCUGUCCGCCAUGAUGCCAGCAAGAAUGGAGCAGACUCCCCUGUCCCGAGUGUCCCCAGAAGAGAGGAUUCCAAUGACCUUUCUGGCAAUAACUUCAACUAUGAAGAAUAUUGUGCAGCUAAGGCCUUCACAGGACCUUGCCGGGCUGCCUUCCCACGCUGGUACUUUGAUUCUGAGAAGAAUUCCUGUGAUAAGUUCAUCUAUGGUGGUUGCCGGGGCAACAAGAACAGCUACCUCUCCCAGGAGGCCUGUAUGCAGCGCUGCUUUGGCAAACAGAUGUAUCCUGUCCUGACUCCUGGCAGCAAAGCUGUGGUUCUGGUGGGACUGUUUGUGAUGGUCCUGAUCGUUCUCCUGGGAGCCUCUGUCGUCUGCCUGAUCCGGCUGGCAAGGAGGAGGCAGGAGCAAGCCCUCGAAGCCAUCUGGAACUCCGCAGAUGACAAGGAGCAGCUGGUGAAGAACACAGUCGUCCUGUGAAGGCUUUGCCACCAGGGGAGCGGGGUGGGUUGGGGGAGUGUGCUUCUAAAUAGAGUGAUUGCUAGUAACUGUGAGAUCAUUAGGGCUUUGCUGUAUGUGACCCAGGCGGGCAGGCCAGCAGAGAAGGCUCAUGCCAGUCCUGGUGGCUUUGCUGGAGGCCGAUUCACCGCCCUGGUGGCUGCUCUCCUCUGGGUAGAGAGCCCCAGCAUCUCCUUUCUCAUCCCAGCAGUGGUCACCGUAGUUUGCUUUGUUCAUUUGUUUGAGUUGUGUUUUGCUUUGUUUUUUUAAAGUAGAAACAAGGAUUUUUUUUUAUUAGGAUUCUGAAAGGAAGAGAGCUACAAGUUUAAUAAAAAAAGGUCC